CACUGCAGGGACGUCGGGGCAUGUUCAGAGACUACAUAACAAACGUCCCAGCCGGGAAAGGAAGAUUCAGAAGUCAAAAAGUGUGGGGGCGAUGCACAUGAUGAAUGUAGUCAGUGUAGUGGAGGAGCGCACAUCUCGGUGGGCGUUUUCGCGUGACUUCUUCAAAAAAGACGCUCUCCAAUGGAAAUCAACGCAAAUGAAGAUCUCAUGUUGUAACAGGGCAUGGAUUUAAGAGUGCUGGUAGUAGUGUUCAGCAUGGUUGUCUCUGAACUGCCUCACGUUCACACUAGACCAAUUGACUUUGUGUGUGACAGCGAGGCCAGAAUAAUGAUGAACAAGGUGAAGGACUUACAAGUGGAAAUGGUAGUCUGCAGUGCUGUAGAUGCUCUGCCGUCUGAUAUUAAAUUACCAUGCAUCAGAAUUCACAAAGCAACCUGGGAGAGAAAAUCAGUGCAUGAGCAGAGGGCUGAGAUCCUGUUGUCUUUGGGGACUCUAGCGCAGGAUGUGCGGUCUGCCAGGACACUCAGCCAACCUGGCUGUGGACUCACUCUGCUGGAGCGCUUGGAACACAGUAUCAACAACUACUUGCACGUAGUAAGACUCCUCCACAUUGAGCAGGGGGAGCAGGUAGGGCCCCAGGCAGAGCCAUGUCUGGGUCAGCCCUCUAAGGAUUUGGGUUUGGUGUUGAAGCACUUUGGGCUUCUGCUAACUGGCAAGCUGGAGUGGCUCAUUUUAGAGAUGGCAAAGGGGUGCUAGACUGAAAGACUGACUUCUAAUCUUGGCUUUUCUUCAACCUUGUAUAAUGGACCAGACAGGCCCAAUCAAUUUUAACAAUGGUCCAACUUCAAGACAAUGGAGGGCCAUGCACUUUGCCAUAGACUUACAGAAGAGAAAGUACAUGAUGCAUAAACGACAACACUGUGCCAUCUGCUGGAUCUUAGCUGAACUGACUCACCUGUUGAUAUGCACCCAUUGAACUUUUAAAACCGACAAACUGUUCUGAACUGAAUACAGUUUCUGGUGAGUGCUACAUGAUUUAUAUAUAUAUAUAUAUAUAUAUAUAUAUCACAGAUUAUAUUUAUUUAUUUUAUAGCCUGCAUGAAGGUUGAAUUGACUCUACAUGGUGUGAUAGCACAUGGAAGAUAACUGCGACAGAAUGUGUGACAAUGCGUAGGAAGUGCAGUGCACACACAGGAAAGGUCACUUUAUCUAUACACUCCAGUUAUAAUUAUGAAAUAUUUGUGUUUAUAAUAUAUUUUGUGUAAAAAUAGUAUUUACAAUAUUUUGUAAAAAAUAAAUAAUAAUAAAAAAAAACCUUGUCAUUAAUUUAUAAUUUUAUUGCAUUGGAACACUGAUGCAUUGAAACGAAACAGUGUCAAUGCAUCAGUGACAAAAAUAUUUAAGAAAAUAUUUUAAUAUAUUUUCUUUUUAAUGUACCUUGUCCUCCUCUCUUGUAAUGCUACCCCAGUUUUUUAAAUGCACAUAUCUAAAUAUUUCAAUAUAUUUUCAUUUCAUUUGUUGUGUGGUUAGUGUUUUCAUCUAAACGCUGAACUCAAAAUUUAGCUUUACUUCUACUGUGAAAUAUACAGUAUGUAUCCUUAACGUAUGGACCAGUUUUACUGCAGUGGAUUUAAUCGUAGAAGACAUGUACACUACUGCUCAAAAGUUUGGGAAAAUAGUCCGAAAUAGAAAUUAAUACUUUCAUUCAGCAAGGUCAUAUUAAAUUGAUCGAAAGUGACAGCGAAGUCAUUUAUAACAUUACAAAAUAAAUGCUGUUCUUUUGAACUUUUUUCGUUUUACACAAAAAAUAUUAAGCCAGCAUAUUAGAAUAUAUUUUUCUGAAGGAUCAUGUGAUACUGAAGACAGGCUGAAAAUUCAGCUUUGCCUUUACAGGAAAUAUUUACAAUAUUACUGUUUUUACUGUGUAUUUGAUCUUUUUUUUUACUUUAUUUUUGAACAAAUUUUACCUCACCAAUUCACAAGCCACGAGUCAGAGAGUCACGGGGAAAAUCCCAUCAUCUGGCAUCCCAUAUCUAUAGAGAAGAAAAAUAAAUCUCAGCAUUAUUUGAAUUUUUGCCUGUUUAUGAUGGGUAUCAUGUUCUGCUUUUGCUGAUUUAGCUGAAUGGGGACUUAGCACUCCUGGUCAGGUUAAGAUGGUUCAGGAAAUGACGACGAUUGUGUUUGAACCUAGUUUGUUGUUCUAGAUGGGUACUUUAUAUUAUUCUGUGAGAUCUCAAAUGAUGAGCAAGAGAAAUUUAAAGUGAAGACCCUAAUGUGUAAAUUAUGUAACAAAUUCCAGUCUCAGACAUAAAAUGAGCUGUAGAGAGAACAUUAGGGAGAGCUUGUGAUUGAUUGUGCAAUACAAUAGCUGACAGAUUGCUAAGAACCUUGAAUAUGAAUAUAGAAUCUGCUGUUUUCUUUGGUGAUUUAAAGAGACCCUUUUAAAAUCAGAUAUUUGAAUUUGGGGACAAAAGCACAACUCAAUAAUUUAGACCAUGUAUGAGAUGAAUAAUUAUGCAAGUUAAUAAAUACUAUGUAAAAUGUCUUCAUUAUAUCCAGUCAUCAUCACUAAGUAUUGAUUCUAGAAGUCUGCACAAAUAUUAUUAAAACCUGGAGGACUUUGGUUGUAUUAUGUAAUUUCAGUUUUUUUUUUUUUUUUUAAUGUUUAUUAAUAUUUAUUCAUAUAAUGCAAGGACAUUUUUGUCAUCCAAACCCCUUGACAUAAAAUAUUCACUGAGAUUUUAAAUUAUUAUUUAUAUUAUUUAACAACACAU